AUGGCAGUGGCUGAAAUUGAAAGCCCGUCCAAUUUGAGGUACUGCUGCCUCUCGGAAGAGACUCGGAAAUGCGAGCUCUUAUUGCAUUGGAGGCAAAUGGCAGCGAUAUGGGUGUUUUUUUUCCUUGUUGCGGGUGGGUCAUAUCAUGCCCCGCCCGUGAUGCUGCCGGCCAUUAUGGAAGAGUUCCACACAGACCAGUACCACGUGUCCUGGAUUCCGAGCGUCUUUCUGCUCACGAAAGCACUCUCUACCGUCCCGGGCGGCUUUGCGGUGGACACCUUUGGCAGUACUCGAUGCCUCCGGGCGGGUGCGGUGAUGAUCUUGAUAUCUUCGGCUCUGUAUCCCAUGGCACCCGACCUUUGGUGUCUGGCGGCCUUACAGGGAGUCAUUGGUGUGGCAUACAAUCUGAGCGGCAUCACAGUGUGCAUUAUCUUCGUGACGUCUUGGUUUGACCAGCAGAGAGCGUUGGCUAUUGCUGUUUUAUCAACUGCCUUCAGUUUUGCUGGGAUCUUCUUCCCUCCUGUGUUGGGGAGCCUGAUCCAGCACCAUGGCUGGCGAACCGCCGCCUGCCUCACGCCCUUUGUGACAGCCACCGUUGUCAUCCCUUUGGGUUUCCUGGCCCUUCGCGACGGCACCCUGCUGCGCAGUCGCAACGAUCGGAGGCGGCAUUUCCAGGUCAUGAGGCGUGAGGGCGAGGAGGGGGAUGACGCAAGCGAGCAGGACCCGCAAGGAGGGCAAGGGCAGCAUCUUCCCCUGAACUUCUGGCAGAGUCUGCGGCUGGGCGCUGUCUGGCACCUUGCAUUCCUGUCCCUCUACCAGCUCUACAUCAUCAUUGCCUUAAUCAACACCCUGGUCCUGUAUCUGAAGACGGACGUGGGCAUGGGGGUGGAGCUCUGUGGCUUCUACUCCUCCGUCGUCUUCCAGGCCUCCAUAGCUGCCAAACUCCUGGCAGGGGCUUCCCUGGACACACGGCAAGCCUUGACAGGCCUCGUCAGCUGCUUCGUACUUUUGCUUGGGACCCUACUGCCCUUGGACUUUCACAAAGGGGGGCGUUCCCUGACAUCCAACCAUACCCAGCUCCUAGCCUUUGCAGUGAUAUAUGGCCUCGGCUUUGGGGGCACCUACUCGGUGCUGUGCGCGAAGCCCGCCAAGAUGUUUGGGAAGAUGGAGGAGUUCAGCAAGCUGCAGGGCUUUCUGAUGUUCUUCCAGGUGGUUGGCGGCUUCUUGGGCACGCUCGUCACUGGCAAGCUGCGUGCCCUGACUGGAAGCUACACGACCUCCUUCCACAUAUUCAUCUUCAUGGCUUUCAUGGCGUGCUUACACUACCUUGGCCUGGAGUUGUCCUCGACGUCCCGCGAACUCAGAGCCCAGAGAAGUUCCCUGAGGGAGCACACUCAUGCACACCCUUGCCUUCCCCCAGCGGCACGCUGGGGCGCGUCCAGCGUGUAG